AUGCAUCGCGCACCCCCCGGUUUGCCAUCGGAGGGUAAAAAGACCGAGUUGGAGGGCCCUCCCACCGAAAUCCCCGACGGCAUCGUCCCCCACCACCGCGGCGAUCACCCCAUCCGAAAGGUCGUUGAGGUGAAAACACGCGAGCACGGCGAGAUGACGGGGGGCCGCCGGGAACUGUCGUUGAAGCUCGCCGACGGAAAGCGGAAGAAGCACCGCGAGGGCGCCGGAGAUGCUCAGCGUGUUCGCCCCCUUCAGCCCCGCGGCGGUGAAGCGGGCGUUGAGCUCCGCGCUCGAGACGACGCCGGCGAUCACGAGCGCGUGGGCGACGUGCAUGAGGAGGGGAACGAACCCCAGGGCGGCGUAGACGUCUUUCAUCCCUUCCCGCUCGGAAGGCUCGACCUCCUCGAUGAACGGCCCCACGGCGUGCGGGGAAAGCGGAGGAACGGGGUUGACAUGCACCUUCAACGAGCUUGUCAGCGACGGCACGCUCGCGUCGACGCCGGAGGUGAGCAACACAAAGACGUUCUUGUGUUUCGGGAGGAUCUGCAACGCCGCCUCGGGGUGUUCGACGUCGUCUAA